AUGUAUAUUAUAAUUGCCAUACUUGUACUAGUUUUUGUCGUUGCAUUUUAUAUUACGUCAAAAAGGUAGAGUGGAGUUUAAUAAGCUAAUGCUAAUAAUUCGGUAAUAUUUAUAGUUGGAGAUAAAAACGCAGGAAAAACUUCCUUAUUGUAUUGCGUAUAAAUUAUAUAUGAAAGAAUAGCUAUCGAACUAAAAUUCAUCAAUAUAAACAACUAAUUCAAUUGAGCCAAACUAAACAGAAUUAGCCAAGCCAAAUAAUUAAAGUGUUAUUGUCGUAGACGUGCCAGGAAAUAAUUAUUAAAAAGAAUAGUUUUUGAAUAAAAUACAAGAAGCCAAGAAAAUAAUAUUAGUUACAGACUCAUCUGAGACAUCUUAAAUAGGAGCAACUGCAGCUAUCUUAUAUAACAUUUUAAUUUCUAUUCCAUUUUAGAAAUCAAAAGUCCCAAUUUUAAUAGUCUUGAAUAAGCAGGAUAAAGAGAAAGCAUAUAAGGCUCCUGAUUUUGAGAUGUUUUUAUCGAGAGAAAUGUAAAUUAUAAACUUAUUUUCAUUAGAGAAAAAAUAAAGAAGUCAAGAAAGGCAGUUUAAGAAUAAAGAGAGAAUACAAAUGAUAGAUUAAGAGUAAUAUAUAAAUUAAAUAAUACUUUAGUUUUAAGAGAGCUAAUUUGACAUCAAUGAGUAUUCAUCCAUCAAAAUAGUAGAACAAAGUGUUAAAGAUUGCAAUAUCUAGGAAGUUUAAAAGUUUAUAUUUAAUUGA